CCUCCCAGUCUGUGUGCUGUGUGGGGAAGCAGCAGCACAGUGAAGGUUUCCAUUUGGGAGAGUGUUUAAGGAACGAAUUUCCAAAAGUUCACUUUGCCUGAAUGACGCAGCAGUGGAUGGCUCGUGAAGGUUAUGCACAAUGGAGAUGUUCGCCUGUCAGUGCUUUGCUUGGAUACUUUUGAAAGGAACCAUAUGUCUGUUGGUUCUUGGACCACACCAGACACACAGCAACUUUACCUUCACCAAGAGAGCACCGCCUCAUCCCAGCAGGGCCCACGAGAUUUCUUCACAGCAGAAGAACUCUGUGUUUCAGUCCAGGAGUCUAACUCAGCACACCAAGCUGUCCCGUAACCCCUUCGUCCCUCUUUCAAAGCAGGGAUUUUGGGAAAUACUUGGAGGAAACUCGCAGCUGCACUCCAACCCAUCAUUAAAGAUAAAGCUUCAGCCCAUCAUGAAAGUUCAUGGAACAUCUAAAUGGUCCGGGACGUUCAUCUGGGGGGACUUUUAUUCAAAUAUAAAGACAGUCAAAUUGAAUUUGCUGAUAUUGGGGAAGAUUGUGGAUCAUGGGAACGGGUCUCUCGGCGUCUUCUUCCGCCACAACUCCACGGGGGUAGGCAACGUGUCCGUCAGCCUCGUGCCACCGACGAAAGAGGUGGAGUUCGACUUGGAGCGCCAAAGCGUGAUCCACCCCAAAGAUUCAAAGACGUUCAACUGCAGAGUGGACUCCGAGAAAACCGAACGCAACAAGAAGGUGAUGCUGUGCAACUACGACCCAUCAAAGACAUGUGAUCAGGAGCACACCCAGAGCCACGUCACCUGGAUGUGCUCCAGACCUUUCCAGGUCAUCUGCAUCUACGUGUCUUUCUACAGCACAGACUACAGACUGGUUCAGAAAGUCUGCCCGGACUAUAGCCUGCAGAGUCCAGCCUACCUGCCCGCAGGUUAAAGAACACUGAAGAGUGAUGUCUCAGCAAGCCUGCAUAGAAAAAUCCAGUUAGUGCAGCUAUGAGCCAGUUUGAUGGAUCAUUUUGGAGGUUCUUGAAGAAAUUUGUUUGAAAAAUGUUUUUAAGUCCACUUUAGUUUCUAUGUUUUUAGUGCAAAGAAAUUGCCUGCUUUAAGCUUCAAGAGUUUUAGAUCAUGUAACAAAAAAAGAUCAGGGUGCAACUAAAAGUUGCUAUCUUAAUUAUUCCAUUGAAUAUAUGGUUUUAUGAAACCACAGUGUUAUGAAAAUACUCACAAAAAUCUUGAUAUUUGCUCUUUUUCUGAACUGUAGUUACCAACACAAAAGGCUGUGUCAUUACUCAGCAGAUUAAUCAGCUAUUCCCUUCAUGUUUCUUUGGUUAAAGUAGACAAUGGUAGGUUUUUGGGUUCAUAAAAGCCAAGGUAUAGUCAUCCUUGAAUGUUCUUGUAUGCUGAAGCUGCAGGACCAUAAAUACUUGUGGCUCUGCAAAUCAGUCCUUCAAAAUUAUUUUCAUGCCACUGUCAUUUUUUCUGAAAUAAAGAAUUUCAUUUCUUUUCCUGUAAUAAUUAGAAUUUAUCCAUCCUCGCACUGUACUUACAAAUGCAUGACAUCUAUGAUGGUUAACACUUACUUUGCUUUUCCCUUUUCAUGUUUUUCUUUAUAUCUGCACUGUAUUUUGCACAGUAAA